GUACAAGCUUUAUCGUUGCCAAGACUUCCUACUUCGCCUUUCGACUGUCCAAAUAUGCGAGGAGUCAAUGCGUCCAUGAAGCCCUUCUUCGUGGCAAUUCCCCUGCAACGCAUCGUUUUUGGACCCAAAAUGACAGCCAGUAUAACAACGCGUCAACCAUCAAUGGUAUAAGAAGGCUGGCACCCUUCUUGGCUGCAGCUUCGAACCUCCUGGUUCUACUCUUGACUUGUCCCUCGUUUUCAACGUGAAUCUAUUUGAUCAUGUUCACCACAAUCCUUCUCCCACUUCUUGUAGGCUCUUCUGCGGUCUUCGGGAACCCUUUUGUUGGAUCAGUGAAGCCACGACAGACGAUUUCCCGCUGUGGAACUUUUAUUAGCGACGAGAGGAUCUUAGCUGCAGAGACACACUUCAGGAACAAUAAAGUUUUGAAGACCCAAAAUGCAUCUAAUGCGACUAUCGACGUUCAGUUCCAUGUCAUCUACUCGGACCAGACCGAGGCAGGUGGUUACGUCAACGACACUCAAAUAUCUGAUCAGAUAGAUGUAUUGAAUGCAGCUUACGCAAAUUCGGGACUUUCGUUUACGCUUGCCAACACCUCAUAUAUUGAUAACACCAACUGGUUCUCAAAUGUUGGUCCGGAUGAAUCUUCACAAACUGAAAUGAAACAACAACUUCGUCAAGGAGAUGCCGCCACACUCAAUGUUUAUACUGUCGGUUUUGAGGCUGGUAGCGGCGAGGGUCUCCUCGGCUACUCAACCUUCCCUUGGGAUUAUGAGAGUGCCCCCGAGGAUGACGGUGUUGUCAUUCUCUUUUCCUCCCUUCCCGGAGGUUCCACCCAAAAUUAUAAUGAAGGUCAGACGCUGACGCACGAGGCCGGCCAUUGGGUUGGGUUAUAUCACACCUUCCAGGGGGGAUGCGACGGUGACGGUGACGAUGUCGAUGAUACUCCGGCAGAGGAAUCUCCCGCAUCAGGAUGUCCGACGAACCGCGAUACGUGCUCUGGCGCUGGAGUUGAUCCCGUCCAUAACUACAUGGACUAUUCAUAUGAUUCCUGCAUGACGGAGUUCACUGAUGGCCAAGUUACUCGUCUGCAAGAUCAGAUGCGAACAUAUCGUGGAGUUGCUUUCUGAACAGGAC